CUCCGAACGAAGCUCUCCUCCCAGGAGAUCCAGCAGUUCGCCAUGCUCCUGCACGAGUAUCGCAACGGGGCGUCCAUCCACGAGUUCUGCAUCAACCUGAAGCAGCUCUAUGGGGACAGCAGAAAGUUCCUGCUCUUAGGUCUUCGUCCCUUCAUCCCUGAGAAGGACAGCCAACACUUUGAGAACUUCCUGGAGACCAUUGGGGUGAAAGAUGGUCGGGGCAUCAUCACAGACAGUUUUGGGAGGUACAGGAGGACGCUCAGCACCACUUCCAACUCCACCACCAAUGGCAACGGCGCCGCCGACGGCAGCUCGGAUGAUCAGUCCGUCCCCUCAGAAGAGGACGAGUGGGAUCGAAUGAUCUCACACAUCAGCAACGACAUCGAAGCCCUGGGCUGCAGCAUGGACCGGGAUUCCUCCUGA